GCUGUGGAGCGUCACAGCGCCGGUGUCCGUCCCCCAGUCAGAGUGAAAGUUGUCUCCGCUUGGAAAAGCGGGGGUACGGGGCUCGCUAGUUUCCACCGCCGCUGCUUCACACGCUUUCUCCCGGAGAGAUGAGGCGGAAGGAGAAGAGGCUGCUGCAGUUCGCCGGGCUGCUCAUAGCGGCUCUUCUUUUCCUCCCCAACGUCGGGCUGUGGUCUUUGUACAGGGACCGAGUCUUCGACAACUCGCCCGACACAGUGGACGGACCAGGCGGCAUCCCCCAGAUACAGGGGGUCAACCGGUUGGGGAAGGACGCUCAGGUGGGGCGCGACGGCGUGCGGAGGAAAGACUGGCACAACUAUGACGCAAUCAAAAGAGAUGCCUCUCGAUCUGGUAACGGUGAACAGGGGAAAGCAUUCCCCCUGACAGAUGCUGACCGUGUCGACCAGGCCUACAGAGAAAACGGCUUCAACAUUUAUGUCAGUGACCGGAUCUCCCUCAAUCGCUCCGUCCCGGACAUCCGCCAUCCAAACUGCAAACAGAAGCUGUAUUCAGAGAAGCUGCCCAACACCAGCAUCAUCAUCCCGUUCCAUAACGAGGGCUGGUCAUCGCUGCUGAGGACGGUCCACAGCGUGCUCAACCGCUCUCCUCCACAGCUCAUAGCAGAGGUCAUCCUGGUCGACGACUUCAGCGACAAAGAGCACCUAAAGGUGGCGCUGGAGGAGUACAUGAUGCGGUUGCCGAAGGUUCGCAUCCUGAGGACCAAGAGGAGGGAGGGGCUGAUCAGGACUCGUCUGCUUGGAGCCGAUGCUGCUAAAGGAGAAGUCAUCACCUUCCUGGACUCCCACUGUGAGGCCAACGUCAACUGGCUGCCCCCACUGCUGGACCGAAUCGCGCAGAACAGGAAAACCAUCGUGUGUCCGAUGAUCGACGUGAUCGACCACGAUAACUUCGGCUACGAGACGCAGGCGGGGGACGCCAUGCGAGGAGCGUUCGACUGGGAAAUGUACUACAAACGGAUACCCAUCCCCUCAGAACUCCAGAAGGAUGACCCCAGUGAACCCUUUGAGUCACCAGUGAUGGCCGGUGGGCUGUUUGCUGUGGACAGGAAGUGGUUCUGGGAGCUGGGAGGAUAUGACACGGGUCUGGAGAUCUGGGGAGGAGAACAGUACGAGAUCUCCUUUAAGGUGUGGAUGUGUGGUGGUCGAAUGGAGGACAUCCCUUGCUCCAGGGUAGGACACAUCUACAGGAAGUACGUCCCCUACAAAGUUCCUGGUGGGGUCAGCCUGGCCAGGAACCUGAAGCGCGUGGCAGAAGUGUGGAUGGACGAGUACGCCGAAUACAUCUACCAGCGUCGGCCUGAGUACCGCCACCUGUCAGCAGGAGACAUGACGGUGCAGAAGGAGCUGAGGAACCGCCUCAACUGCAUGAACUUCAAGUGGUUCAUGAACAAGGUGGCCUGGGAUCUGCCCAAGCACUACCCACCAGUGGAGCCUCCUGCUGCUGCGUGGGGAGAGAUCCGGAACGUGGGCAGCGGCAUGUGUAUGGAGAGUAAACAUUUUGUAUCAGGGAGUCCCAUCCGACUGGAGACCUGUGUGAAGGGGCGGGGCGAGGUGAGCUGGAGCCAUGGACAGGUGUUCACAUUCGGCUGGAGAGAGGACAUCCGGGUGGGCGACCCCAUGCACACAAAAAAAGUCUGUUUCGACGCCAUCUCCCACAACAGCCCCGUCACCCUGUACGACUGUCACGGCAUGAAAGGCAACCAGCUGUGGCGCUACAGAAAGGAUAAAAGUCUGUAUCACACCGUCAGUAACAGCUGUAUCGACAGCAACCCGAACGAGCGGCGAGUCUUCAUGAACACAUGUAACCCCUCCUCCCCCAGCCAGCAGUGGCUGUUUGAGAAAACCAACUCCACCGUGCUGGAACACUUCAACCGGGGCGCCCACUGAGGCCCUGCAGCAUCCACUCCUGACGCGCUCAGAUGUGGAUCUGCUGCUGCUGCUGCUGCUGCUGCUGCUCUGAAAUGGGGUUUUACAUUUAUUCUGGUUCCCCGUUUACCUGGCACCAAGGUGACAGCUGUUUCUCUUUAGGGUGCUCAGACAGAGGCAGGAUGGGACACCGUGGGGGAAGUUGGUUAAACACAUCGGCGAGACGAAAGACUUGAGUUGAGCUCUGAUUGAUGGGUUUGUGUUUAAAAGUGAUUUUGUGUGUGAGAUGUAUUUGUUCUGUCAUGGCGCCACUCUGGCAGUGGGUCUGUCUCACUUCCUGGUUUUGCUGUUGAUUGGUUAUCUGACAUUCCUCUCUUUUCUCAUUCCUUUUGUCUAUUUAAAUUGUUCUCUGCCUUUUUUGCCUUUCUUUCCCCUUACCUGUUCCCUCACAGUUUUUUUCUCUACUUCCCCUCUCUGUCUAUGUACCUUUAUCCUCUGUCUCCAUCUCUUUCCCCCUUCUGUCUCUCCUGAUUCGCCUCUGCCUGCACGUCCGUCUCUAUCUGCCUGCAUGACUGCACCUUUGCCCACCUUCUCCAUACUCGCUCUCAAAUCCCCUUAUGUCUCUCCAGCUCUGACAACCUCCCUGGGGGGGGGGCUCCUGCUGAGCCAAAGUCAUCCUGACACCUGGGUGAAGCCAGGCAGAACCACUCUGAAAAUCACCUGGUGAAUUGAUUCUCCUUUACAACCCUCAUCCACCCUCUGUUCCCUCCCUCAUCCACCCUUGUGUCUCCUGCCCCCCUCGGCUUGUAUUUUCUCCUGGUCCGCUCUCCUCUUCUCUGUGGCCAAUGUGGGCAGAGCUGCUUUGAAGGUAGAAAGUGUAGGUGGACAAAGAAAGCGUGAGGGAAAGAGACGAUGACCUUUCUAAUGCCCCUCGCUCCUUUUUCUUCUUUUCUGUACUGUCUUCGUUGGAUUUAUCGAUGAGUCGUCCGCAGGUUUGUCACUGUGCCACGUUCUUCUUUUAUUCCUCAGAGGCGAGUGCUAUCCAACGCCAGGGUUAGUGCGGGCCAGCUCUUGCUGGCCAAGGGCUUGUUUGUUGUUUGUGGUGGUGAUGGUGGGGGUGGGAGCUGCUGUCACCCCUCUUAGAGUCUCCCCCUGCUGUCUGUGCGCCCUUUGCUGCUCCCCACCCGACUCCGCCGAUCAGUCGCUGAAACGACCCCGCCACAGACGGCUGAGCGCGGGGUCACGUCGCGGCACAAAGCAGCAGGCAGGACUGUAAACGGACGCCUGCCUGGCUGGAUGACUAGCUAUGUGACUGGCAGGCCCGCUGAUUCACAGCAGGGCCGCCCGAUUGGCCGGCUGCCGAGCUGACACAUCACUUUAGCGUACAGUGUGAGCAGGAGAGACGAAUGGGAGAAUUACUGUGGAUAGGCUCGCUGAGGUAGCUCUGGGAUUGAGAUGAAUGUGGGUUUAAAAUGCAUAAAGCACUUGUGUAAUGAUAAACUUGAAUGAAAUCUUCGUGCCUUGUUGGAAGAGGACUAGAUGUAGGUGUGUGUAUUUUCAGAAUGUGUGUGUGUCUGUGGUCUAAAAUGUCUACAUCAGCAGAGAGGACAAUCCAUCUUUACAUCAAAAGAGAAUCUCAUUUGAAUUGAGGAUGAAUUGCCUUUGACUCUGGUGCAGAACAUUGAAGGCACCACUGGCUUCGUGACUCCUAUGGCUUUCUAAACACACAUGUAACUGCUGGCUGUGAAUAGAGCUAAAGAGACUUUUUUCCACCAUAUUUUCCUCCUGCCUUGAAAAGUUAACUCUAGCCCUAAGAAGACCUCCGUUCUAUUUUAACGACAUGAUGCUGUUGUGCUGUUUCUCCCACCUGUUCGAUCCAAAGUACUUUUAUGGGAAAGGGAAUUGUUGUGUGCCACCUUUUUAAACCCCUUUUGAUUUUCUUUCUGUUUUUAAUGAAACAUUCUUUUAUCAUUUGUUUUGAUCCUGUGGUUGAAACGAUGAUGAUUUAGAUUCCUGCUCAACGUGAUGUUCUGGUCUGUCGCCUGCACCCAGUCUCUAAUCCGAUUUUGUGAAGCAGAGCAAUGUACAGUACAGUUUGUGCCAUUUUAAUCCUAAAUUCCAUGUUUCAUGCUCUGUUGGAUUUUAGCUGUAGACCAAAACACAAAGUCAUACUUUCAAAAUACCUCAGUCAGGAUACUUUUAAGUCAUAGAUUAGGCUAGCUUGCACAUAUUAGUUUGCUAAAUUUACAUUUGUCUGUGCAAGUCAGAUUGUGUGGUACACAAAUAUGUAAAAGCAAGAAAGAUAAACCGCCAAUCGAAUCUGAACUGAAUGUGCAGAUUUUAUAAUUAUCAAAUCAUAUGUCCAUCUGUUGACAGUUUUUUAGUCAAGACACUUUGGCAAUACAUUUUGCAGAGCUGGAAAAUAUAGAUGUAGCUUUGCUGAUAUUUUGAUUUUCCUUACUUGCACUAAUAAUAAGAAAAAGUCCUCCAAAUAGACACUCGACUCAACUUCCAAAUCCUGCAUUUUAUAAAUUAAGAAAUUGGCCAGCUCCGUGAUUGUGCUGUCUCAGCCCAUUCUCUGAAUACACAUUCAUACUUUAUAUCAUAACCUGCAUGUAUGAAUGCAGAACAAGAAUCCUGAAUUAUUUUGGUUUGAUGAGAAUGAGAAGUGUGGGCUAGUUUUAUUUCUAAAGCUUGGACAGUUAGGCAAAUUAAACUGAAUACACACAAUGAGUUUGUUAGAUGUUUGACAAGUAUGAAGGCAUAAAGAAUAUACUGUUCAUGUUUUACUAUAAUUUGUAUGGUCUUGCACAUUACACACAUUAUUGAUGUAGGAAACGACAUUGAUAUCACCAUACAGACUCCCCAUCUGUAGGGAAGAUUUGUCGUGGUUGCAGCCAUGCCAGCAGUAAAUUACAAGAAGCAAAUAUCUAAGAGAAUCUUUGUAAAUUGAUCAUCACAAAAAAUCUUAGGCUUACAGCAAAGAUUAGGAUAAUAAAGAAUUUUUAGUUUUUUUGUUGUUUUUUUUUUUUUUUUUUUCAGUUUUGCUAGCUUAUCUGAUGAGUAACAAGACAACCCAAUGUGAGCCGACGAGAACACACAUCAGGCACGCUACACUCUAGGACGCAGGAUGCAUGGCACUGCCCCCAGUUGAAACCCUUUGUUUUUAGUGAGUCCCAAGUUGAACAGACAGUGUUUGAAUUAUUUAUCAUGAUGAAGAUGAUACCUCCUACAGAAGCGUAUUGCAUUCACUUGACAAAUUAAAAAAAAAUCUGUUUUAUUUUGUAAUUUUUUCUGUUUUUCAGAGUAAUUUAUUUUUUAUUUUUCUGUUUUUAGGUGUAAUUUUUUCUGUUUUUCUGAGUAUUUUUUUCUGAGUAAAGAGAGCAAUAGAACAACAGACGCUUUCAUUCCUUUCUUGAGAGCUGGAUAUAAUGGAAGCAAACAUGACCCGCUUGUUUAGUUUAAUCCAGUUUUACUUUGUUUUGGGUUUGAGACACUGGGAGAUACUCUUGUCUUUAAGUCAUAUGGAUGGUGUUAUCAUUAGUUUGUCAACUUUAUGCAGGCACUUUAAGACUUUGCGGUUGUUCAGACGAAAAGCCCAUUCAGAUCUGCUGGACAUUGCAGUGUUUCUCCAGAAUCAGUUGGAGACAUAACCCAAAACAAAGUAAAACUGGAUUAAACUAAACAAGCAGGUCAUGUUUGCUUCCAUUAUAUCGAGCUCUCAAGAAAGGAAUGAAAGCAUCUGUUGUUCUAUUGCUCUCUUAACUCUUAAAAAAAUAAAUAAAAAUAAAUAAAAAAUUACCCCGAAAAACAACAAAAAAAUACCACGAAAAUCAGAAACAGAAUUACCACGAAAAAUCGAGAAAAAGAAAAAUUACCACGAAAAAAAAAACAACAAAAAAAUUACACCGAAAAACAGAAAAAUAAAAAAAUUUCUCCAAAAAACAGAAAAAAUUACUCAAUAAAACAGAUUUUUUUUAUUUGUCAAGUGAAUGCAAUAUUCUUCCAUAACCUUCAGAUAAUAAGCUUGAAUAUGUUGGCAAAGUCUUUGUCAUGGACUUGGAAAUGCCAGUGUGAUGUUGUGAGUUUACAAUUAGCAAAUGUAGUCAUGGUCGAGCCAGUUUCUGUCAAGUGUCUGCUUGACUUCACAUUUUAGCUGAUCUGCUUCAGAGGAGACAUCAGAAGUUUGAAUUGAAAGAAAGCCAAAGCCACAAAGUGUGAAGAACAAAAGAAUAAAUGAAACAGUAUAUGUAGAAUUUCCCAUGUUUUAUAAAUGUGGCAGCCCAUGCAUCGUGCGUAUCUCUAAUCUGUGAUUUGUCCUGCAGCUGACAGCCUCACAUAUCAUUUAUUUCUGUUGCAAAUCCGUCAAUUACCAAUUACUCAAUAUAUCAAUUAAUAUAAUAAUGAUAUAACUAGAGAAUGAUUCGCUCUACCUGUUUUACUGUGAAGAAAAAUCCUGACGUUGCGCUCCUGAUAGAAGAGCAUAGAGUUUUAAAUUUAGUUCAGGAUGUCUGUGUCCUUUCCUCCCCUGACCUUCCAGCUACACGCCUGGGCGACUUGUACAUUGUCAGAUUGUUAAGAGGUGAGUGGGAAUUGCCGCUUCAGACCACUGAGUCACUGCUGUAGCCAAGUUUCCACUACAGGACCAAACUGAACACCCAUCUGACCUCUUUACACCCUGAUUCCACUACAUUUCCUACUGUUUUUCCUUGUUCUUUUUAAAACACUGUUAUCGGGGUGACGUGUCAAAGUCCUGUUCGGAUCAGUAGUGCAAUCUGGGCUGUUCAAUCAUGUGACUUUAUUGUGAAGGACUGUUAAGGCUGUUUAAUGCGAACACUGUACAUGUGGAGAAAGUUGUGGAGAGGGCCGAAUAUACAGGGCAACAUUUUGGGCUGAAAUGAGACACUUGUGCAAAUGUAAAGUUAUUUUUGUAUUGCUGUAGUACCUGUCGAGAGAUGUAGUCAUCUUGGAAGUUUCUCCUUGUUUUUCUUUUCCCACGUCUGUCCUACAGAACAGUUUGAUUACAUCUGGUCUGCCCUGAGCCAGCCAUGCUCAUCUCACAGUGCAGCGUAGCCACAGUGUUUCAUAAAAUAAGAACUUGUUGACUGGAACUUGAUUCCUAUCAGCUCCACCUUUGAUAAAAAAUGAUGGUGGAUUUAUACUCCCUUUAUGUACAAAGAAGAUAUGUUGACUCCAAAUGUUGUGACUGUCACUGCCUACAAAAUUCCAUACGUACUUCAAGUUGGCAAAGACACAACAACUACAUGACCCAAGGGCAGAGUCAAAAGUUUCUCACAACAAACAUGGCGACGGUGAAGGAAGUCUUAAUAAUAUACCUUUUAACGGAGACAGUGACGCAAAAACAGAACAGACUGCAGUGAGACAGACGAGUGACCAAAAAUGGGCACGGUACGAAAUGGUUCCAUUGGUGCCAUCCACAACUUCUCACAGUGGAGACAAAAAAAUACCAAACUGAACUGACCGUACCGUACUGCUCAGUGGAAAUGGGGCUUUUGGCAAUCGGAUUGGAAGCAGCUCAAUAAGCGUUUUAGCCUCUUUUAGCUCCCAGUUUUGGUGUUAUGGCACAUUUUUACUGUCAAGUUCAGUUUUGUUUCCAACAUCAGCAGGCAGCUUUCUGUUUUCACCAAAUACAACCUGAUAAACCUACUCUGUGCUACCUGCCUGGUGCCAAAGAGCAAAUGGGCAAAAUCUGUGACUAGCUGGUGAAAAAAGGUGAGCAUUGGCAGCUAUGUGGCAAACAGACGUCAGUGAAUACGGCUUUAAGCAGAAGUCCAAUAAGAUGUAUUUCGUACACAAUACCUGCCUUUUGACAGGCUCUACUUCAACACUCCAACCAACACUCCUGGCUUUUCAACAAUACGGCCUCCUUGGUAAUUAAAUGCAAAGCUCUUAAUAUCGUCGGCUAGUGUUCAGUUUGAGUAGCUUUCUUUUUCCGAGCCUCAUCAGGAAACAACAGUGAUGCCAUUCUGUUUGAAUAAUCAGGAGCAGAUGAUGAUAAUGUUGAACUGUUGUGUGUGACAGAUCCAGGGGAUUUGGAGCAAACUAGAUGAUGUCAGUGUUUAUGAACAUCUGUGCCAUUACUGUGUUUUACACAAACUGCUAAGCAACUGUUGAAUUUUAAUUCAAAUGUACACUCAGAAACAGAACUUAUAUGAUCUUUAUGGGGAAUUUGCCAAAAGUAUAGCCCAAAAUGUUGCUAACUGUAUCCCUUGAAGUGAAAUUUGUUGUGAUUUUUUUUCUGUUUGUUUCUUGCUUAUCAGAGUACAUUGUACCUUUCCACUGCACAUGUAAAGUAUGUUUUUAUUACAGUACAUCAAACUGUAACUGGGGUUGAAUCUUAUUGGUGACUCUUUACAUGUGCUUUAAUCCAUCUUAUAUCCACUGUGGUAAAGUAUUAAAACCUCUUAUCACCAUGUAUCAACGACAUGAGCAUCUCCUUGAUAACCAUUUAACAGCGUGGAAAUACGGAUCAAGUAUUGUAGUCACGAUACUUUUCCACAGUUUAUGGAGUAAGGCUGUUGUAAAAGUGCUGCCAAUUUUUGUUGUGAUAUCGAGAUACUUUUUAUUUAAGUAUGAAUUUUCAGACUAAAAUUCGGUGAGCAGUGUAAAGAAAUUUUAUUUUAUAAGCGCAAAGGUUUUUAAUGUCAGCGGCCAGCAUCGGCCAGUCACACUAUGUUGUGUACAUGUGUGUGAAUUUAUCACGUGUGAUGUGUAGGGAAGUGUACAUUUUGUAUCUCAUACAAAAAAUAUCCAAUAUUUUUUUCUACUGACAUUGCAACUGUAAAAGUGUAUUUAGAUAUUUAACAAACUGUACAAUUAAACUGGAAUUGUAUAAUAUUUUUGCUGAAAUUGUAAAAUAAAAAGGUUUCUAUA